UUUGUCCAAGAGCCUGAGCCGAGCUUGAGGCGGAUCCCGCGCCCGCGCCAAGCCCCAGCCCGAGCCGCAGCCGGAGCCCAGGUCCCAGUCGCAGAGUCAGAGCAGAGCCGCUCGGCCGCUCAGCCCCGCGCCCCGGCCACCCUCUGCGCUUCUCUCGGCCCGUCCCCGCCGCCGCGGCCCCUCCGCCCAAUGAAACUGGCUGCGAUGAUCAAGAAGAUGUGCCCGAGCGACUCGGAGCUGAGUAUCCCCGCCAAGAACUGCUACCGGAUGGUCAUUCUCGGCUCGUCCAAGGUGGGCAAGACCGCCAUCGUGUCGCGCUUCCUCACCGGCCGCUUCGAGGACGCCUACACGCCCACCAUCGAAGACUUCCACCGCAAGUUCUACUCCAUCCGCGGCGAGGUCUACCAGCUGGACAUCCUCGACACGUCUGGCAACCACCCUUUCCCGGCCAUGCGGCGCCUCUCCAUCCUCACUGGAGACGUUUUCAUCCUGGUGUUCAGCCUGGACAACCGAGACUCUUUCGAGGAAGUUCAGAAGCUCAAACAGCAGAUCCUCGACACCAAGUCGUGCCUCAAGAACAAAACCAAGGAGAACGUGGACGUUCCCCUGGUCAUCUGCGGCAAUAAGGGUGACCGGGACUUCUACCGAGAGGUGGAGCAGCGUGAGAUCGAGCAGCUGGUGGGUGACGACCCCCAGCGCUGCGCCUACUUCGAGAUCUCCGCCAAGAAGAACAGCAGCCUAGACCAGAUGUUCCGCGCGCUCUUCGCGAUGGCCAAGCUGCCCAGCGAGAUGAGCCCUGACCUGCACCGCAAGGUAUCGGUGCAGUACUGUGACGUGCUGCACAAGAAGGCGCUGAGGAACAAGAAGCUGCUGCGGGCCGGCAGCGGCGGCGGCGGCGACGCGGGCGACGCCUUCGGCAUCGUGGCGCCGUUUGCGCGGAGGCCCAGCGUCCACAGCGACCUCAUGUACAUCCGCGAGAAGGCCAGCGGCGGCAGCCAGGCCAAAGACAAGGAGCGCUGCGUCAUCAGCUAGGAGCCCCCUCGGCCCUUCGCACCGAAGACCGAGCCUAAGGAGGACCUUUGUGUUUGAAAGUCGAAUCUGAAGUCCCGGGCCAGGCGCCUGAGCCCCGGGCCGCGGCGCUCUCGCUCCCUCCGGGAGCGGGUGUCUCCCUUCCCCGGGGCCCGGGGCGGCCACUGGGGAGGUACUGGGAAGGGACAGUCAUCUGCGUUGGAAGGAAGGCGGACUGGCCAAGAUUGGGACUCAGCCCACCUCUGAUUCCCCAUUGGCCCCAGGCACCCCCACAAUUUAGGGGCCUUUGUCCCCCAACUGGGUUAAUUUAGCGCGUUCACAAAGACCUAAGAAUGGGGGCCGGCGGGGUGGUGGUGGAAGUUAAUCGGUCACUGUUAGCCUUCAGGAGACCUCAGUCCUGCUGGAAGGACAAAACAGGGCAUUAUCUUGUCUGUGAUUCGGGUUGCCAUGACAGCUGCGAAAGCCUCUGCCCUCUGGAAACUAAGGGGGUUAGGUGGGUCAAAUCAUAUUCAAGUGACUUGUUUACAUGUGUGUGUAAAUUGCACAAAGAAAAACAAACAUAAAACUUGCACUUUAAUAGUAGUUCUGGUGUCAUCGCAGACAUGAACAAACUUACCCAGGUGUUUAUAUUGUGUGUGUCUUGAAACGUAUUGUUCUUUUUAUAUAAAAUAAAAUUAUUAAAAACGAAAACCUAUGUUUCCUUUGCUUUUAGAAAAGGCUGGAGGGGAAAGGGUGAGAAGGGAGGGUGUGGGGUUUCUACUUCUGUGGAAUUAGAACUCACCUUUGCCAGAACUAGAAGAUAAUCUUUGCAUUCUGAAAACAGCUUCUUCAGCCCUCCUGAGAGAAAAGACUCCCAAUGGCUGGGCUAGGGCCCUUCUUUUUAGGGAAAGGUUCUUGAAGAAGGGCAAAAUCAAGACUCUGGGCAUCUUUACAGUCAUCGACCGGCUUAGUUUCCUUCCUCUCGGCCAGAGGCCCUGAAGUGUGCCCCAACUCUUUCGUCACUACGCGGCAGAGCAGGCUCAGGGCAACCGACAAAAGGUCACCAGGUCUGCACCUCUCAAGUUGGUCUGAGAGGUCACUCUACUUUCACUAAUAAGGAAAUGUGGUCAAGAGACUGAUGCAGUGAUGAGCUGGCCCAGGAUUCCGCCAACCCCUUCUCCCCCUUUCUAGAGUUGCAGUGUGGCCUCUGCAGACAGUGGAGAUCACCUGCCUCCUGUACCCCUCCAGCCCUGGUGGCCACUGUCCCUGUGGAGUCCAGGGCUCUUCUCUGCCUUACUGUCCCCUCUGAGUAGUUGAGGGCACCCCUACACAACUUGAGACCUGGGUGUCUGCCACUCGUUUCAGUGCUAGUUCAGGACAAGUGACUCAAGUCACCCGUAGCAACUCAAGUUCUUCACCCAUGAAAUACUAAGAACGUGGGGAUGCUGUGAGGACGUGUGAUAUUUGAAAACCUUUUAGCACAAGUGCCUGCCACCCAGUAAUCCAAAUAAUUGGUGGCUUCAAGAGGAUGCCCAGCCCUGUAAGAGGCACUCAAACUUGUCCCAGGGGAAGGAUUUCAACGCUGUUCUACUAGGGUGGUUCCCACCAGGACUCCGCGCACCACUGCAAUAACUGGCCCAGGGGGCCAAACAGACAGAUGAUCCACCAGGCCAACUGCACCUAGGGGGCUGACGCCACUCCCCAAAUCUGAAGAGUUACUGUUUUCACACUGGCUUUGCUGAAAGCGCACAUGCGCACUGGGAGGGAGGAAGGUGCAGAGCCCAGGUUCUCACUGUUCUGUUUUCAAGCAAAGUGAACAUUUUCCUCUCAGCUAUCCCCAGAGACAUCUUAUAAUGAAUUGCUUAGUUAAAAAACCAAGAUGUUCCAAGAACAGAGCUUAGUUCUUUUAAUUACACUCAAAAAGUGUCACAGACACUGGACUAUAGAAAAGGGGUCCCUCUCUCUGCCCUGUGAACCCCUGCACCACUGUUUCAGCACUGCAUAAAGACCCCCAUGGCCUUGUAUUCCUAGGUAUUCUCUCAGAGCCUUAAAACUGGUGCACACACUACUCUUAAAAUUUCAAGAAAAUAAACAACCUAGCUAAAUAAUAGUCCCACCUAAAUAAUAGGUAACUAUCUAUUAAAAUUCAGUCUUCUCUGCCAAAGCCACUGACACUGGAUAUCCCCCUUCACAUGUCCCUGGGCUCCAACCUUCUUCUGACAGGUGGCUGCAAGCAGACAGGAACAGAACCCCAGUCAAAAACACCCUCAACCAAUAUGCCUGCCAACGAGGUCAGUUGGCAGGCAUCUGUUAAGCCCUUGAACUGGUGAGUCCAGGUUAUGUGCCCAUUUCUAGAUCUCAACAAUAUUCCGUUACUUCUCACCUCGUCUUUAAGAGGCAAGGUGGAGGGCUGCUUUUCCCUCAACCUGACAGUCAAGAGGCAGCGCAUAUAAAUAUAACACCCCGCCUGGAAGAAAGGGGGGUGUUUAUAAGCACAUAUAAACAGAAUUUGGCUAUAUAAUGUCCAAGGUUAGCUCACCCUACCGCUACAGAACUGACUCACCUAUCGCACCUGGCCAAGGGAUGGUCACACUGUCACCUAGAGCUGCCCUUCUCUGGAAAAGGCACACCAGGAGCCUCUUUGCUGCAGAGGCAGUAAAUGUUCACGGGGGAUCUGGUGAGAAGGGCAGAGCAGGGAUUAUUUUGAAAACCAGGGUAACCAUCUGAAAUGUCAGAAGCAGCAAGGUUUGCUUACUUGGAAACCUGUCUGAGCUGACCCUCGGCCCCGGGGAGGGGGGGGGAGCAUUAUGAGGUCUUCGUUUGGUCACUCUCUGGCAUUAAAUGUCUAAACGAGAUGCCUGAAAGGAGCUCCUUGUCCAGGAGACAAGGAGCAAGAGCUAAAAGUAACAAUACACGUAGGUGGCAGAGAACCUGAAGACAGGCCGCCCCCCCUCCCUGGCAGGGCUUCAAGCUGACACCCCCAUAGACAG